GGCAGCUUGCACUAACGGUUGCAUAGCACCCGGUUAGAGAAGCGUGUAUGCUAAAGAACGACACCGUUCUUGCUUGGGCUGCAUCCGUAUUUCCAGACCGAGACACGAGUGUACUUUGUCAUGGAAUAUGUUAACGGUGGUGAUCUCAUGUUGCACAUUCAACAAAAGCAAUUUUCGCCACGACAAGCUAAGUUUUACACAUCAGAGGUGCUUCUAUAGGGAUCUGAAGCUGGACAACAUCUUACUUACAUUGGACGGGCAUGUUAAAGUUGCUGAUUACGGUCUUUGCAGGGAGGGAAUGUGGUUUGGUCAGACUACGAGUACUUUUUGUGGAAUGGAGUCUAUGGCUCCGGGGAUUUUACUUGAGCAACGCUACAGUCGUGCCGUGGAUUAGUGGGCGUUUGAGGUCCUUACUUAUGAGAUGUAUGAGAUGUUACUGGGAUAGUUGCCUUCCCGUGGUGACAAUGAGGAUGAAAUCUUCGAUGUUAUACUUUACUAUCUUUUCCCAAAAUCGUUCCUACAAACUCUUUCAGCAUAGAUCCUCAUCUGAUUAUUCUAUUGCUUUGUUCCACAUUCAUUCAUUCAAAUGUGUUACAUCCCACCAACUGAUUAUCCUAUUGCUAGUGUACAUAUAGAAAUUGCUGAGCCAGUUGUAUGAGAAAUGAAAGGAAACGAAGCAGUAUGUACUUCGCGGUGCUGAACUGCAGAGGCAGAAGUAAGAAGAAAACCCUGGGCCCUUACAAGAAAC